GGCAACACAGUUUUAAAAGUCAUGAGUAAAUAAUUAAUUAGAUCAAAAUGUUUUGUGGUUAUUAUUUCUAUAAUUUCUUCAAAUUAGGGGAUAAUUAUAGAAAAGAUUCGUACAUAACUUUGGCUGGUUGUGGAUCGAAAGAGAUUGGCAUCAACACAGCAGGAAUAAAAAACACGUAUAUUGGUGGAUACAAGUGGUGCUGCGUGGACAACUCCACUUUCAUAGGGUUCGAGACAAAGGAAAAACUGUCUUGCGUAGAAGAUUUGUUCAGAGGGAAAAAAGUUCCGAAGAAUCGAUACUGGGUUUCGGGCACAUCGUUUGGUUGCCCGAAAUUAAUCGGCAAGUGGUGCAACGGCAGGGACGAACCUCUGAUAGGUGACCACAUACCUUGGGCACCAGGAGAACCGAGCAAAGACCUGAGCAAAGAGUGCGUCUACGCUGAAUACGACAACGUCACAUCGAAGUUCACUUUCGGCAAAGUGGGGUGCAAAACCUCUUUAAAUUAUAUUUGUGAAUAUAACUCUCUACUAGUUUAAUUAAUUGAUACAAAAUUG